AUGGUUAAACUACCGCGGGGUGGAGACCCCUUUAUGACUGGCUGGUUACUGACAUUGUUUCUCAUCAGUGUCAGUGCUCAGUUAGGUUCAGAGUACGGAUGCCCUACUCAGGAGAGGAUCUUACCGUGCAGAUGCUCUACUCGUGACAUGGAGAUUCAAAUAUGGUGCAGUCAUAGCGAGUUACCGAAAGUUCUCGAGGGUUUAAAAGCAGUGAGUCAUUAUCUAGAUCGACCAGUAGACGAAUUGAUUCUGGAGAAUAAUAAUCUACCGAGUUUACCAGGCAAGGUUUUUGCCACUCUACGCGUUCUCCGUUUAAUGCUUCGAAAUAAUCGUCUCGAGAGAGUGUCAUCAGGGUGGCUAGAAGGUCUUCACGAUUCCCUGCUAGAGCUAUUCGUCGUGGAACCGGAUUUACGUUCCUUACCCGUAGAUAGUCUGGAAAAUCUGCAAGGUCUCGAGGCAGUGACUUUGCAAAGUAGAGUAAUGAAGAAGCUGCCUAAAUUCUCUGGAUUACCAAAGCUCAGAUAUCUGCAGAUUAACUCCCCGGCUUUAGUGGAAUUGGCCCCGAGGAAUUUUCGAGACCUGCCUAGUUUGGAGCAGUUCCACGUUUUUGGUAGUCCACGUUUGAUACGCUUAGAAGCAGGCGUCUUUCGGGGCUUAACACGACUGGAGUUGAUAAAUAUAACGGAUUGUGGAAUUCAUUGGGUGCAUCCUCGAGCAUUGAUAGAUUUGCCAGAAUUGAAAGAAAUCUCACUGGUUGGAAAUUCGAUCGUGGAUGCUGGCAUGAUUGGUCGUGCCUGCGUGGAUCUACCUUCCCUUUCGGUGAUACGUUUGGACAGAAACCGCGUAAAUCGUCUCAGCGAAGGUGCUUUCACGGAUCUAUCCGUCCUGUCUCGUCUAUACUUAUCCAGGAAUUACAUUACCGAAGUGUUCGUUGGAGCAUUUCAAAGAAUGCCAGCCUUGAAGAUUCUGGAUCUUAAUCAUAAUCUGAUACAUCGCAUACAUCCGGAAUUCUUUCCACGCAGACCUGGAAAUGUUUUGGAGGAAAUGUGGCUGAUCCAUAAUGAUCUAAGCCACGUGACCGAGCUGAGGUCGAUAAUGGAGGCUUUGCCCAGAUUAAAGUUUCUCGAUGUUAGCCACAAUCAAAUCGAAGAAAUACCCUUUGGAGCGUUGAGAGGGCAUCUCACGUUGGAAAGACUUCACCUUGAUCACAAUAGAGUGGCCUUUCUGCAAAGAGAGACCUUCACCGCGAUGCCCGCUCUUAGAGAACUCAGAUUGAAAAACAAUUCUUUGUCAAAUUUGUUGGAAACGCCGUUCUGGAACCUACCGGCAUUAAAAGGAUUAGAUCUUUCUGAAAAUUACUUUCGUCACAUAGAGCCUCGUUUGCUAGCAAAUUUGCCAAGUUUGAGACGUUUAGAUGUCAGUGGAAAUGCAGUCGGUCUUAUAGAGCCUGACUCGUUUCUCAGUACACCGGCUCUAGAAUACAUCAACAUUUCUGGAAACGCACUUUCCGUUCUUCAUCCACUGACGUUCCAUCAUCUAAAUAAUCUUUACGAAUUAGACGUCGGUUGGAAUCGGAUGCUCGAAAUAGUUCCGGGUUUACCAAGAAACAUAGAACACCUUUAUAUGCCUAUGAACCGUAUUAUCAUUUUGCCAGCUGUAUCCUCCCAAGAUUUGGAUCUUCCAGUCCUGAGAUCCUUGGAUCUUAGCGCGAAUGGGAUCGAGCGAAUACCAUCAGGCAGUCUGGCCGAUUUGCCGAAUUUGAAGAAAUUAAGCCUUGGCUACAACUCUCUUCGACUUUUGGAGAACGGUGUCUUUGAAGGGUUAUCGAGACUAGAGCAAUUGGACUUAAAAUACAAUCGUUUAGUCACUCUACACGGCCGGAGUUUUAGACCAUUGAGGUUACUGAUGGAUCUGAAUCUGCGGGGGAACCGCUUGGAAGUUCUACGACCAGAUAUCUUUCAAGAAAAUAUUCGAUUGCAGAGAUUGGAUCUAAGCAGGAACAACCUUGCUCAAAUACCUCAUGCAACUUUUUCGAACACCAGAGACCUUCGUGAACUAUACGCGUCGCACAAUACUUUGACCGAGUUACCCGGAUCGUUACACGGCUUAACAGCUCUUCAGGUACUCGACUUGAGCUUCAACAAGCUGAACAUCCUGUCGCCGGAAACAUUGAGCAGCCUAUCGGCCUUGCUUGAGCUUAAACUUGUCAGGAAUCGUAUCCGCGAAUUGCGCGAAGGUGCUUUCAAUGGUUUGCCACAAUUAACGUUGAUCGAUUUGGAAAGUAACGACCUGAGAAUCAUCGAAAGAAACGCUAUUAGAGCUCUGCCAGAGUUACAAGCAAUAAGGCUUGGGAAAAACCGAUUGCAGAUGAUACCAAGCGGAGCUUUCACCGAAUUGCCAUUACUGCAAAGUGCGGAACUUCAAGAAAAUCGGAUCCAGGAAAUUGCAAGUAACGCAUUCAUUAACGUGCCUCACCUUCUCUUCCUUAAUCUAAGCCACAAUCAUUUACCUUCGUUGGAUUACGUUGGUUUAGAGAGCUUGCGUUCCCUAGAAGUUUUAGAUUUGAGCAAUAAUCGAUUGUCUAGGGUAUUAAGCAACAGUUUAGCAUCGAUGGAGUGGUUAGUCGAAUUAAAAAUGGACAAUAAUCGGAUUUGUACUAUACAAGGUUCGCCUUUUGAUGAAAUGCCGAGACUUCGAGUCCUCAGUUUAAGGAGUAACCGAAUGGCUUCCGUUUCGGAAACAGCAUUUAAAAGAUUGCGAUCGAAUAUCGCGGUGUUAGACAUCGAUGGUAACCCACUUUCGUGUUCAUGCGGAAUGCUAUGGUUAAGAGGAUGGUUACAACAAGCUUCCUCCGAAGGACCAAGAUGCGCGGAUGGAUCUUUAUUCAAGGAAAUUCGAUUAUCGCGACAGGAUUGUCAACGAGAAAGACAAAUUGAUCCAAUCCACCCUGGCUGUGAAGCGGAAAUGAUCGACACUGCACCAUAUCCUGUCUCUUCCUCUAUAUUUGGAGCAACGGAGAUGGUACCACUGCUCAUGAAUUUAAAGGAGUCGUCCACACGAAAUCCUCUUCACGUUCAGGAGUCCGAUUACUUUUACGAAUAUUCGGAUUACCAAGAUAAUAAAAGUAACACGUCAAACGUAACUUUCACGUCGACUCAGUUUGCGACUACGGUAGCCUCUGAUACUGUGAAAACUACUCAAACGACGGAGAAGAUUGAAUCUUCGACAAAUAACACUAUUCCCGUGAAAAAAAUUACCUCGAUGCCCCCUUCUCCUAGUAGUUCUGGCUUUACCUUCUUCGGGGUACCGUUGCCGAGUCUAAACUUCAAUUUAUGGGGAAAUUCGAGGAGAAAAUUCGAAAGAAAAAAUUCAUCAGGAAGACCAGGAAGAGGCCGUUAUAGAACAUUCCCACCUACAGAACCGGAAAUUCAUAAAGGUGGUUUCAUACCGUUACCCCGUGCACAAGGUGGUUUUGUGCCUAUUCUUGAUCCCGGAUUAAUGUAUGAGAAACAUAGCGGAAACGGCACAGUCGUGAAGAUCGAGCGAACUUCUCCAAAAGCAAAUAAGUCUAAAGUGGCAUACAGAGAAAGAGAAGAAUUAUCCACGGUGUCGAUUAACGAACCAGAUUUCCGUUGGCAAAUGACUGGCACGAAAAAAAGCAGUUCUAUCACGAAUUUAACGAAGACACCCGACUCCAGUACCGCAGCAGGCGAGUCAUUUCAAGAAACAACUGAAACUGCAUUUACUGAAGUUUAUGAUGGGAAAAAUUUGAAGAUGAUUAAGGAAGCAAGUAAGAAUGAAGAUAAACCACAAACGGAAAUGACGAGUAGGAUCAUUUGGACUACGCCGAAAACUGCCUUAGAAACGACAAAAGAAGGUUUAUUUAAAGAAACAUCGACAGAAGUAAUAAAAGGAGAAAAACAUACUUACUGGGAUAGCGAAGCAAACGAAUUUCAGGAAACGUCUACUUCUCGAACCGCGACAAAUGUUCAAAACGAGUCAAUUGGUGAUCCAAACGCUGUCGUAACAGAACAAUCGACGUUCCAUUCAACCAUUUUAGAAAAUCGGAACAAUUUUUCUUCCACUUCUCAAGUUUCUCGAAAAACAGAAGCAUCAGCUCUUUCAGCGUUUUUGGUUCCAGGAGGUCAAGUAUCUCCAUUACUCCCAAAUUUGCGUCCAUUAGGCAGACCAACAAUAACGAAGGUUCCAUCACCACGUAUUGGUCUUUUUGCUGAAUCAGAAAAACAAAAAUCGGUGGCAGAAGCUGUUCAACGAAAUUUAGAGAAUGAAGGGGAAAAAUUGUUUGGCGUAGAUGGAUCUUCCAAUGAAAAUGCUGAAGUUUUCGAAGACAAUUCCUUUAAUUGGUAUUUUCAACAUUAUAACGAUACCAAUUUAGAACCUUUUGUUAGUGUAGCGUAUAACGGAGGUGAAAAGACAAAUAUGGCUCCAUGGACUUUAUUGGGACAAUUAUAUCUCAUUUUGUACAUUUUCGUAUAA